AUGACCUCCAUAACCGUAGUGAACUACUACGAAAUCCUAGGCAUCUCCAACGACGCAACCACAAAAGACAUCAACAGCGCCUACAAACGCCUCGCACUGAAGCACCACCCGGACAAAGCAGGCGGAAGUACUGAGUCUAUUGAUGAGUUCCGCAAGAUCCAACAAGCCGUCGAAACCCUCCGCGACCCCCACCGGCGCAAAACCCACGACGCGCACCUCACCCGCCAAAGGAAACUAGACGACCACGUGCUCUUCAGCGCAUCUUACCACGGGUGGCGGCCGCAGAACCCGUUCUGGUACAACAUGCGCAAUAGCAAUGCGCGGUACAUGUACAGCUAUGCGAAUAGUGUGCAUAUGGAUCCGUUUUCGAAUGAGUCGCGCGAGGAGAGAGAGCGGUGUGAGGCGGAUGUGAGGUUUGGGGAGGAGAUUAGGAGGGAGCAGGAGGAGGAGGAGAGGAGGGAGGAGGAGGAGAGGGUGAGGAGGGGGGAGAUGGAGAGGGAGAGAGGGAGGUUUGGGGAGCCGGGCUUUUGGGGGGGUGGCUUCGGGGGUGCUAACGUUGGGGAUGCUAGCUUUGGGGGUACUAACUUUGAGGGUGCUAACUUCAGGGGUUAUGAAGGGGGUAAUUGGCGUGAGCAGAAUGAAGAGGGCUAUACUCAGAUGGAGGAGGAGUUUUAUUAUGGGUGUUGGGAUGGUGAGGAGGACGAGCAGCACUCUCAGCAUUAUGCUGAAUGGGAUGACGAAGAGGACGGGCAGGGAGAAGAUCAACAGUUUGAGGAAGGUGACGACACCCUGCAUCAUGACAAUGGCAGUGAUCAAGACCAUGAUCACGAGGUCAUGGAAGAGGGAGUACAACUGGAUGAGGACGUGAACGUGGACGAAGAGGUCAAGCCGGACGAAGUCCGCGAUGACAGCUUCAAUCCCACGACUCCUCCGCAGCAGUCCCACAAACACAACCCAACUACUAAAGACUACACCUUUCAGGAAACCCCUGUCUCUGAAGAGUCCAAUGAAUCUGACGAAACCGAAAAUGAAGACAACCCAAGUGGCAUCCCUCUCAGUGAAAACGAGCAAGAGCCCACCAUCUUCUACGACUGCCACAGCGAUCAGGACUCGUUCACAGAUGCCUACUCCCAAAUCUCCAACCCAUUCUCACGCCGCCAAAGCAGCAUACCCCAGCCACCCGAAAGUGAACUCCCACCGGAGACCCAUCCUUAUAUCGCCCCCUUCAUCCCAUACCUCAACGCCAAGCUCAACCACCCCAGCGGGCGUUACACCCAGGAAGACAUGCACGUUGAACUCCGAGGCAUCGUCAUGGAGACCUUCUGCGGCUGGCUCGAAGGCGUCCGGCAGACAUUCACCCACGCACAACCCUUGCCUACACACCAGAGCGCAGAGCAGUGUCUUCAUCUUGGACCGUGGGAUAAGGACUUCGAGCAUGCCGAGUGCUUGUGUGGGAUGUAA